AUGCCAAGGGAGAGGAGCUCCCCACAUCCGCUGCUCAAGCGUGUGGAACAUGCGAGCCCCGAGCUUCUGAAAGGCCUCGCGGCGGCGCUGGCCUCGACACCGCUGCGCGACGUGGAGCGACAGCGGCUGCUCCGAGGUUUGAAGGACGCGACGCUGUGGCAGCACGCCAUCGAGCACCUGGUGGCCUUGAGGACUUCAUCCCUCCGUUGCACCUUGCCACACCUUCAUACUUGCGCCCAAGCUCGCGAGUGGCCAUUAGCUUGGCGACUAUUGCGAACGGCUGAGACAUGGCAUCUCCAGCGUGAUGUGGUCAGUUUCAACAUCCUCAUCGGUCGACCCGGCUCGUGGACCCACGCGCUGCACGUGGGCGAGAGCUGCAUGGCGGCGAUGGAUGUGGAGAAGGACACCACGACUCGAAAUCUCGUGAUGGGACUUCAUGACCAGCUGGGGAGGUGGCCUUUGGCCCUUGACUUCUGGCAGCGCACGGUCUGCGCGAACUCGGGAGUUCUGGUGGCGCACGGCGGUCGCUGGGAUGUGGCCAGCUACAGCAUCCUCAUGCGUGGUGGAUCUGUGGCAGAUCGUUGGCCACUGGCGCUGAUGUUCCUGGAGGAGAUGUGGAGGGCCGAACUACGUGUCGAUGUCACUGCCCUCAACACCGCUUUGAGCGUCGUGGCAUGGCCCUGCACGCUGGAAUUGCUGCAGAUGUUUGGCACUUUGGCCUUGGCCGAGGACAUCAUCUCCUACAACACAGCCAUGAAUGCCUGCGAGAAGACUCUUCGUUGGGCCAAUGCCGCGAUGCUGCUCCUCGAAGCAGGCAGCUGCGAGCUGCGAGCAUCUGAGACGAGUUACAACAGCUGUGCCAGCAGUUUCUUCAAGUCGAAGAAAUGGAUCGAAGCCCUGGACUUGGCAUCUAUGACUCAGGGCACCAGCGGUGUUUUGGGCUUCUCCUCCGCCUCCUUCUGGCGUUCCGCGCUGUUUCUGGCGCAGGGUGCCGUCCCUCACGUCGAUGUGGCAUGGAGCGCGGUGCUGAGCUCCUGCGAGGCGAGCGCUGAAUGGGAGAUGGCCCUCGCCAGCCUCGAGAGGGCUUUUGAGCAUCACUUGGAAGUCUCCCUGGUGCUCAACAACGCCGCGAUCAGCGCCAUCAGCGCCGGCGCAACUGCGGUCACUGCGUCAACGUGGCAAGUGGGCGUCGAGAGGCUGCUCCUUGCCGCGUCCCGCCAGCUGCGUGUGGACGUGAUCGGAUACAAUGCGCUGUGCAGCGCGCAGGAGAAGAGCUGCGUCUGGCAUCAGGUCCUCUCGUUGGCCUCGCAGCUCGCCGCGCGGAGCCUGCGCACUGACGCCUUCGCCGCCGGCGCCGUGUUCUUCGCGUCGAAGGAGGCCGUGGGUGGCAGAACGUGGCAGCGAACGCUGCGGCUGGCGGACUGGGUGGCAGAACGGCAAGUGGAGCUGGAUGUGAUUAAGCAGCAAGCAGUGCUGGCCGCCUUGGCCACGCGCGGCCAAGCGCUGAAGGAUGGCUGUGAGCGCCUCUCCGGUUCAGCUGUUUCGCUCUUGGAGUCGUUGCCGAAAAGAGAGACGUGCUUCCUUGAAACCCCCGCGGACGAGUCCCUGGGGAGCCUGGACGAACGCCCUGCGACGCGGUCGACUGGUGAAAGACGACAGGAGCUCGGAGCCUUGAGUUUGGUGGCCAAGGGCUGUGCCUUGAGUGGCGCCUUGGGGCGACACCCGAUUUACGGCCGUGUGGCCCAUGACGCGGCCUUAGCACUGGAGGCAGGCACUCCACCUCCGGCUCGAACGGUGCAUGAUAUCGCCUUGGCGCUCUCGUUGCUGGGACCGUGGGACGCGCAGAUCGACAAGGCCGUCCAACGCUUCCGUCAGGCGCUGGUGCCGCUGGAUCGAUCAGUGCAAAGUACCCAGGUCGACUCUUGUGGUGCCUCUUCCAUGGCUGGACAGCGGAACGGUGAGAACAAAGAGAAUCAGGACACCUUCUACAUCUCUGUGGAUGCCUCGGUUGCCUCCGUGGCGGUCGUCGACGGCCAUGGUCGGCGUGGAGCUAUUUUAUCCGCGGCCGGACGAGACGCCCUGGCCGACUUGUUGCGGAGGAUGAAGAGCUGCUCUGCUGAGGAGUUGGCCCAGGGCAUCCUGUUAGUGGACGCUGAGCUCCUCAUCCACGAGAAGGCAGAGCCGGAACUUUCAGGAGCCACCUGUGCUGUGAUGCGCAUCGAGGGGAUCAGCCAGCCCAAGCGCCGACUCUUGCUGGCUCAUCUGGGUGACUGUGGCGCGGUGCUGGGCCGGUGCUCGAAGGGUACGAAUGGCUCUUCAGGGACGCCCAGCUGGAGCACCCGGCGCUUGACGGAGGAUCACCGUCCUGGCGAGCGCUUGGAGGCGGCCAGACUCAUAGCUGCUGGAGGCCGUGUGCAGAAGAUGCCGCCCCCUCCCCAAGCGCAAGUGGAUCCCGCCAACAUGGGGCCUCCCAGGCUAUGGCAUCGGCAGCAGGGCAACGCACCCGGUCUGGCCAUGAGCCGUGGCCUGGGCGACGCCUUGGGCAAGGCCUGUGGACUCUCUCCAGAGGCCACGACCUUAGAGAUGGAGCUCAACGAGGAGGAUGUGGUGAUCGUGCUGGGCUCCGACGGCAUCUUCGAUGUGCUCUCGGAUGCCGAGAUCCUGCAUUGCUGCCGGCAGUUUAUCGAAAAGAGGUCUGCCACUGAGGCCGCGGCAGCGGUGACGCAGUCGGCACGGCAACAAUGGCUGCAGCGAGGUCCAUAUGUCGAUGAUUGCACAUGUGUAGUGUUGUUUCUUUGA